CGUGACCAACGGGACCGGUUUAUGCAAAUGAGCAGUGAGGACAGGAGCCGGAGCUCAGGAGUCAGCGUCAGACUCAACACUCUCGCUGCAGCUCGCACACGCUCGUCCUGGAGAUUGUGGGACAGCAACAAGCCGCUCGGAUGUGCAAUAUGACUUUAGAAGAAAGCAGCGGGGACAACUCGUCGGAAAGGAUGGACUCGGUGGCCAAAGCGUUAGAGGAGGUCCUGAGCUCUGCAUUGCCUCAGGGUUGCAUCACUGUCGGUGUGUACGAGGCAGCAAAGUCACUGAACGCGGACCCAGACAACGUGGUGCUGUGCCUGCUGGCCACAGACGACGAGGAGGAGGACGUGGCUCUUCAGAUUCAUUUCACCCUAAUCCAGGCGUUCUGCUGCGAGAAUGACAUCAACAUCCUGCGGGUGAGCAACAUGAGGCGUCUGGCGGAGAUCCUCGGCGGAGUGAAACCUGGAGGGGAGCCCAUGGACCUGCACUGUGUUCUAGUGACUAAUCCCCAGUCAUCCCUGUGGAAGGACCCUGCGCUGAGCAAAGUGAACCGAUUCUGCAGAGACAGUCGCUGUUUGGACCAAUGGGUGCCUGUCAUCAACCUGCCCGACCGAUGAAAUGGAAUAUGAAUGUAUCGUGUGCAUUUUGAGGGGAAAAAAAGUAACUUCACAAGGCCUGUGUUAAUGUCUGUGUUGGACUCCUUUGGAACGUGCCCCAGAGACAGACAGAGACGGGAGGGGCUGGCGAGAGAGAACGCACGAGAAAGAGCUACGUUCCAGCAAAUUUACCAGGUCAGGGUGAACCCAUGGGCCAAGAAAGGGUGACUCAGCAGUCUUGGUUCCAGGAUUUCCAAUGUAUGACCGCGCCUUUCUCUGCCGAGAUAGAAGCCUUUACAGGAAACUGAAUCAUGUGAGAGGAGAAGCACACGUGGUGGUGAGCACACGCACGGCACUGAGGGGGGAAAAAGCAGAGACAGAGCGCCUCAGUUGACAAGACUCCCAAGAACCUGACCACACUGGAGAGGACCAGUCAGAGCUCUCAGCCUGAGGAAAAAUUGACCAAACUCCAAGCAUUUCUUUGACAGCACAUUUAUUUAAUACUAUUUAAGACUUGUCACUUUGAUAACUCUAAAGGGAAAGUUUUCAAAGCUUAUUGUUAUUAUUAUUAUUAUUAUCUGAAGGGCAUUGCAAUGUUUAGACUUGUCCACUAACUGAUAUUUUUAUGUGUUAUUAAUUUAAUGAGUCAUAUUUAUUGUGCAUUAUUUCAUGUAAUUUGUCAAGGUGACUGAAAUAAACAAAACAAACAACA